AUGGGCAAUGUUCCCACGAAAGAGCCCCGGUCCAGAUCCGGUUCUUUGAACUCACAUGGCACGAAUACUGGCGGCCGGUCCAGCAGGAGGAACACUGCACUUUCUGUUUUUAACCCUGCUUCUAUGAAAACCAGUAAGUCUAAAGAUAAGCUCAAGGCUCAGGCUCAGCACUACAACGACCUCGUUGUUCGUGUGAAGGAGCUGGUUGAUGGUGGAUUUUUGGCUCCGUAUGGUACGUACAAACUGGAUCUUGACUUUUCAACUUCUAUAGUUCGCGAUUUGAUCAUUGCUCGGAGAUUAGCUCCAUUCUACACUCCGUUGCAGGACUUUGACGAAAGUUGGAGCGAUAAAGAGAUUUUCAUUUUGAUUUCGCAAAUGCCUCUUCAUGCCGAUGAUGAUGCUUUUGCUGAGGAAGAGGAAGAACUUGACCCCGAGGACCAUAAGAUCCAUCGGUCGCUGAACUACUAUAAACGUCAGGAACAAAAGGCAAAGAAACGUGAAAUGAUCGACAAAAUGAAGGCAGAAAGGAGACAAAAUGAUCUUGAUUAUCUUACUGCCCGCAAAAGCAGCACGCAUAACGAGGACUUGUCGCUGCAAGACCUUAUCAUCAAAUUGUACAAGACUGCAGUAGAAUGUCCAAUCUGCUUCUUGUAUUUCCCUGAGCCAAUGAACUACAGCAGAUGCUGCCGGCAGCCCAUCUGCACUGAGUGUUUUGUUCAGAUUAAAAGACUCGAACCUCACCCCCCUCAUGACGACCCUGGUCAGCAAGAUAGCAGUGAGCUACCGCAUACGCUUAUCUCUGAGUGUGCCAAUUGUCCAUAUUGCGCCACAGCUGAUUUUGGUGUGACCUAUGAUCCUCCACUAGAUGUGCAUGUCGGACUAGGCACCACGACAAAACCGGGCGAUUACAGAGAGCCAACAAUAGUCGAAACUGUUGCAGAAGGAGCUACUGAUAGUGCUGUUGACUCUUCCGAUGAGACUGAAACUCAUUCCGUGCCCCCACCAACUCGCCAUGUGAAACCUCGUAGACGCUCCUCCAUCUCAGCUGACUCGAAGUCCGUAAUUACCACUGACUUCAUACGCCCUGAUUGGGAGCUGAAAUUAGCAUCUGCCAGAAGUAGAUUAGCACGCAAAUCUGCCACAGCAAGCGCCAUACAUGCGUCAAGUUUAAUUGUCACUGGAGAUAGUGCCACUGGCAAUGGCAAUCGUCUGUUCAUAGAUUCUCUCGAAGACAAGAUGGUUGAAGAAGCCUUGAGGCUCUCACUUCUUGAAGAGGAAGAACGCCAAAAAAAGUCGCCGGGUAGUUCCUCGUCCUGA